ACCCUAAUUAAUCUAUGAUUGGACAAUAUUUGCCACAACCAAACGAAAGUGUUACAGUAGCGAAAUCUAAAAAUUUUCGUGAACUGAACCAGCCCUUAGAUCGGAAAUUAGUCGAACCGUUCCAUCCUUGAUUGGGCCUCGGCCCAAGGCAAUGCAAUACUACAAGCCUACGGCGGAACCAAUCACCUCACAUUGGAUACCGCCUCUCCCGACAUCGCGCUCAGGGCUCGAAGCCGGUCCCACAUGGCACCCGCCUCACUGACAGCUGAGCCUCGGUUACAUGGUCCCACUGGUCAUCCAAGUCAACCGCCCGUUGCAAACCAAACCCGCUUCCUCUGCCAUCGUAUCUCCGCUUCGCCUCCUUCCGAUCGCCUCCGCCAACGGAUCCCAACGGCAGCGCCACCCAAGUCCAGUUCACCCACGCCACGCGCGCGCUCACCGCCCGCCUGGCGCGCUCUCCCCCCCCUCUACGGGAUUCUGCGGCCUUUUUAGAUCGCCGCCGCCGCCGCCGCCUCAGUCCUGACGCUGCCGCCCGCCCGCGCGCCUUCCCCCUCCGGCUCCGGCCCUAGGUUCCGCUCUAUCGGAUCCAGGUCGCGCGUGGCGGACCCGCAUUGCUCGAGCCAAUCGGUUUCCGUUUUUGGAAUUUUUGAUCCGAGACGAGAGGUUAUUAUUUCCACCGCCGCUCCUAGGCGCGACGAGUUGGAUGGCGUGCGAUGGAGGCGGCGUGAAGGAGCAGGAGGGCCCCAGCGCGGCGUCUCCGGCCCCAAGUCCUGCGGCUGUGGCUAGGGCGAGGGCGAGGGCGGCGCGGCCUCCGAGGCCCAGGAGCCGCAAGGGGCUCGGCGUGCGGAACCAGCUGAAGCCCUGCCGAAUCCUUGCAGCCCUCCAGAGGGCGAAUGCCAGGGUGAGGGAAGCGGGGGAGGCGACCCUCGUGGCAGCCCUCGCGGCGGCGCAAAAGGAGAGCGAAAGGGAGAACGAGGUGGUGCCCGAUGUGUGCGGCGGCUGGAAGAGUGAGGAUGGAAGUUUAAAUUGUGGAUACUCAAGCAUUCGAGGUAGAAGGGCAACCAUGGAAGACUUCUAUGACAUAAAAUCUUCUAGAAUUGAUGAUAAACAAAUAAAAUUUUUUGGAGUAUUUGAUGGUCAUGGAGGUACCCGCGCUGCUGGGUAUUUGAAACAACACUUAUUUGAAAACCUCCUGAAACAUCCAGGGUUCAUUGGUGAUACUAAGUCCGCAAUGAGUGAGUCCUAUAAAAAAACUGACGCGGAUUUCUUGGAUGCUGAAGGCAAUAUUCAAGUUGGGUCUACUGCAUCAACAGCAGUUUUGAUUGACAACCAUCUGUAUGUGGCAAAUGUUGGUGAUUCAAGGGCUGUAAUGUCAAAGGCAGGCAAAGCUAUUGCACUCUCUGAUGACCAUAAACCAAACAGAAGUGAUGAGCAAAAACGGAUUGAGGAUGCUGGAGGAGUUGUUGUUUGGUCUGGAACAUGGAGGGUAGGUGGUAUACUUGCAAUGUCUAGGGCAUUUGGCAAUCGUUUGUUGAAGCAGUUCGUUGUUGCAGACCCUGAGAUUCAGGAUCUAGAAAUAGAUGGUGAUGUGGAGUUUCUUAUUUUGGCUAGUGAUGGGCUCUGGGAUGUGGUGCCAAAUGAGCAUGCUGUUGCAUUUGUGAAGGACGAGGAUAGCCCUGAGGCUGCAGCCCGGAAGCUUACGGAGAUCGCCUUCAGGCGUGGGAGCACUGACAACAUUACAUGCAUUGUUGUAGAAUUUUGCCACGAUAAGAUGAUUGAUGGUUCUCUCCCGUCAACCAAUCAGAGUUGACUUCGUCAUUUGUUUUUAAUUAUUCCAGAUUUGCUGUCAUUGCUGCGGCUCUCAAGUAUGGCCGCAUCAUUGGUUGUCUAUUAUAUUUGUUCGUUUAAUAUAGUCCUGCCUUGGUGAUUUUGUUUG